GCCACUCGGUGUGGCUUCGGAUCGUGCGGCGCGUCUCGAGAGCUCUGCUGCGUUUGUCGUCCUCAAGCGGGCGGCACAUCGCAUCGUCUCGUCGUCGCUGUCGGUUUACACUAUACUCGCGUGCGCUUCUCGCGGUUUUUCUGCCCGCUGGUUGGACUGUGUGGCGGUUUAGUGCGCCAAAAGGGAAUUAUUCUACGUCGUUAGUGCGGUCAGCCUCCACACCGGACGACCCAGAAGGAAGGUCUGCGUAUCUGUUACUAGGGUUCUAGAGUGAUCUCUAGUGGGUCAGUUUUUUUUUUCUACUCUCGCGUGCUGUUGUUGUUUUGCUUGGCGGACGAGGAGGCGCGUGUUCCUGGGGCUGUAAUUUUCGGCCGUGACUGUAAUUUCUUGGACCUUCUUCGGUCCCCGGCAGUGUCUGCGGGAAAUUACGUCCAAUCAAGCAGAACCUGGUGUGUCGGUACGCAGAGUGCACAGUGCGGAAGAUAGUUGUGAAGUGCGAGAACAGAAAGAAAAAAGAACGAGGAUCAGAAACUGGAGCAGUAGUGCGAAAUUCCAUUCUACCGUGUGGAUGUACGGAUUUGACCCAGUUCUUUAUACUUCAGACGGAAGUGAAUGUUGCACGGAAGAGGCGACAACUAGUGACAACCGUUUUGAGUGAUGGAUUGGUGUUGACCGAAAAUUAAAAUCGGAUACACGGGUAAGACGCUGUUCGUCGCAGUGGAUGAUUAAAGGGGAAAUAUUCCACUAAACAACCUCAACGGAUGAGUAAGCGACAAACCUGAAUUCAGCCGAAUCAGUUCAGUGUGUUACAGUGGAGAAGGAAAACAAUUUAUUCUAACAACAAGAAAAACAACAAAAGACCGUGUUGUCAGUAACUGACAGCUGCGUUUGGUGUGUGGUACUGCGAAACCGGACGAGCUCGAAAUAAUCAAAUAACACCAAGCAUUAAACAAUUGGACAAACGAAACCAAACAGUAGUGAAUGUGGGAGAUAAAUUAUCAUAAACACAUUGGAUUUGUUUUUUUUCUGAACAAAAGUGUAAGUGAUCAACCCGCACUUAAGUGAUAUAAUUACUCCUUUUCGGACGAACCUCACAAUCAACGUUGUUCCGUUAAAAUCACGCAGCAGUAGCAGUAGCAGGGGGAGUAGAAGGAGGACUCCUCCUUCGCACAGGUGCCGGUACCUUACAUUGCCCCUUCGAUUGGCGGAUGAGAAAAAAACAGCUUCACUUAGUGUGCGAUUAAAGAUAAUGACAAAUGAUUACCACCGACAAGAAGAGCAGGUGUACAACGCAAACGACGAAAGCCGCUAGUCACGAGAAGAAAGUGAAACUGUAGCACCUUCGCGUAGUGCCUGCAAACUGAAAGGAUCGGGGAGCAAGUAGUGUCCCACGGUUCCCCAUCAGUAGCAGUAGCAGUGAACCGAUUCGAGUGAAGUCAUUUGCAAUUAAUCGAGAGAGAAAUCGGACAAUCGGAAAGGCGAGGAAAAAAGUGCAUUUUUUGGUGUGUUCAUUAUUACGGAUUAAAUGAUUCGAAAAAAAGAAGUAUCGAUCCCAUUGCGAGCUGACUUAUGCUAAUUAGGCUGUAGCCUGUUACGACGGUCCUAGGGCGGUGUUUCAACAAAGUGAUGCGAAGAGUUGACUUUUCGAGGUCCUGACGUGACUGUGCGACGCCAGUUACGUAGUGCAGCGUUCCUGACCUUUGCGAUAGCCGGUGUGAACUUUCGUUCGGCGUACAAAUUCCUUGCACACGCGUAUCCGAGCGAAUCUUCGCUGCUCUGGUUCAACAAUCAGCUCACGUCUACUGCGGCUGAUGAAAAUAUAUGCUCAAAAAGUUAACCACUCCAACUGACUCGGGACUGACCUUUUCCGCGCACCGCGUGUGGAUCUUCGACAACGGCGGUUUUUUUUCGGAAUGGUCGUGUUUGUGUUAUAAAUAAUUUCAAGUGCUCCAGCCUCCAACGAACAACCGAAGAGUUAUCUUCCUGCGUAUAAUAUUUCUCAUCAUCCGUGACCUCUCUCUCCCCCCCCUGCCCCCACAUCUGUUCGCUUCAGCCAAAGUGACUUUUAACGAGUCUGAAGAUCAGUCGAACAUUUAUUAAAUGACACUUUGUGUGUAGAUGUACGGCGUCCUCAGCGUGGCGAGUUUUUGGACUUUCGCGGUGCGUCCUUCGAGUGACAUUAAGAUAGAGCCGUAAACCGAAACGCAAGUGAUCUACGAACGUGUAUGUUUGAUAGCCCGCGAAAAGGUCGAGCCAACCUAAAACGAAUCGUCUGAAUUUUUAUUCUGUCGUUUUUAAAGUGAGUUCAGUCCAUCAAAGGCAAAGAAAAAUAGAGACUCUCCUGGUGAAGAUUCCUUUUCGUUUCUGGUGUGUGCGCGGUCGGUGGGUGCUGGGAGUGUGCAGAAGAAGCGUCCACACAUUUGGAGUGCCCUAAAACAUACAAUAGUGCCCAUUAUAGUAGUAAUAUCUCGUGUAUCGCGUGGUGGUCGCCAUCAAGAGGGGGCUCGACUGCCGGACUGCUGCAGAGAACAAAACUGAUUUCAUUUCGUUUUUCGAAAAGUCACACUUUCAAGUGCAGAUCAUCCGCGUGCGUCUGAGGACCCCAGCGCCCGAGAACUCCGGGUGUGUUUGAAGUGAGUGUGUGUGUUUUUUUUUCUCGUCUCCCACUGGAGCAGUCCCAUCGAGAAAGCUCACCCCGCAUGAAGAUCUCUUAAUAAUCAUCAUCAUCUCGGCUGUACCGAUUCCACCAUCACCACCGCCAGCGGGGUGUGCGACAUUGCGAAACUGACCAAGCCCGUCCUACCACCGCACCGCCACGCCACCCAUCGGACAUCAACAGAAAACCUUGCAAAAAUCAAUCAGCGGUCGGUCUCGCCUGGCAAAAAAAAAAAAUAUGGAUUAGCUCUAAUCACUUCGGACUUGCACUGGUCGUAACAAAACAGCCAUAACGAGAGCGAGACAAGAAAAAAAGACGCGCCCGUACGCAACAACAUCGUUUGGCAAGAGCAGAGCUUCAGAAAAUCUCCUGGACCGCACCUAAUUCGGGAAAAAGAUUGUCCCACUUGGCGGAGGAAUGCCAGGAGAGAUCCAGCAGUGACUAAGCUUCCUGGAAAGAUGCGAGAAAAAGAUCACUCACCAAGAAAAAUGCUUCCCAGUCCUAAGCAAGGGGCGGUCUAUCCGCUACUUGGCCUGGGCUCGACCGUGUCGGCUCAGCUUCCGUUCGAUUUUUCCACCAACAAUCGCUCCUCGUCGUCGAAUUUAUUACACCAGCAGCAAAGUCUGCUGGAUCAGCCGCUGGACCUGCGGGUGGAUCAUAAAAAGUCCACCAACAGCAGUAACUCGACCACCUCCGACGAAGAGGAACCUCCGCGAGCUGCCCACGAGGACACCAAACCGGGCAGUGUGAUAUCAUUCCAGGACAAUAAUAAUAACAACAAUCUGAGCAAUAACAACACCCCAAGCAACCGAAAAAGUCCGAGUCCUGUAAACAAUAACAAUAACAACAACAAUAGCGUUAAAUACACCAACAAUAACCACAUCAACGUGAAAGACGAGUUCCGAAUAUCUAACCUAGCGAGUCACAACUCUCCAAUAUUCCCACCCCCGGGGAUAAAUCCACUGAUGCUAGAGGCGAUCGCGAAAGCCGGGCUGCCUCUGCCCGGUUAUCGAAAUUCCUUUCUACCGGCGCGCUCCCCCGUCACGUACGAUCUCCAGCGGCUGAAGGAGCGAGACGCGCUCGCCGCGAGUCUAACCCAGCUGCGCCAAGGUGCGAACGGAAAUGGAAUCCCCACCAGCAACAACAACAAUAACAACAACAACAACUCGAACAGCAUCAACCACAAUCUGCCACCGGGAGCCGCCAAGAACAAGGAUCGCUACUCGUGCAAGUUCUGCGGCAAAGUGUUCCCCCGGUCCGCUAACCUGACGCGGCAUCUGCGGACGCACACCGGCGAGCAGCCCUACAAGUGCAAGUACUGCGAACGUUCCUUCAGCAUAUCGAGCAACCUGCAGCGUCACGUGCGGAACAUCCACAACAAGGAGCGUCCCUUCAAGUGUGCCCUUUGCGAGCGCUGCUUCGGUCAACAAACCAACCUCGAUCGUCACCUCAAGAAGCACGAAGCCGAUGCUGCCGGGUUGGGACUCGGUCUGGACGAACGUCUUCGGGCGGCCCGACGAAACAGUCGAGGCAUCCCGGAAGACUCGUACUUCGAGGAGAUUCGUUCCUUCAUGGGCAAGGUGACCCAACUGCCGAUCCCACUGCGGAUGCAAUCGCACCAACCGCACCACCAGCAACCCCAUCAAUCGCAACUACACCAGCAGAGUACACUUUCGGCCCAGGUUCAGGCCGCCCAGCAACAGCAGCAGGCCCAGCACGAUCAGACCGGAUCGUCCCGCAGUUCGACACCGUCGGAGCCCGCCUCGCCGGCCGGAAGCUCACGCAGUGCCCAGCUGGAGAUCAAGAUGGAAGCGAACGACGACGACGAUGACGAGGGCGAACAAGUGCAGGUUACCUGACCGAAGGUCUAGUCCCCCCACCCCCGGGUGAGGGUGGGUGGUGUGGUUUUACGGGCUUGUGGGGGCGGAUUUUUUCGUUCAUUUCCUAGGACAAACUCUAAGUCUUCUCACUGAAUAUUUCGAUUUUUUUGCCCAAACGGUUUUAUAGGGUUGAAAGACUGUCUUCGGUGAAGUUGUAAAAUUCAGAAAAGGGAGCUCACUUUUCUACACAUUUGCUUUAAAAGAAUUACAAAUAGAAUUGAAAAACUUUAAAGCCAAAACAACAGCAUAGGAACAGUUUUGUGGCAAACUUUUACAAUUUAUCAAGACGCUACGAGAUAUAAAUUUUCAGUCAGUAGAUCUUCGGGAAUGUUUCACAAACAGUCGUAAGUUAUUCGACCCACCAACAAUUGUUUAGUACCAACCUGUUACUUCACUAUCAGAGCAAGUAAUAUUAUCAAAUUCCACUUGUGAAUUUAUCGUGAAACUCUACCUAACAGUUUUUUCACACCACAAUAGAUCAUUGCACACGAAAAAUAACCUCACUUUUCUGACACUUCCCGUGGGUUUGUUUACAAGGUGUUCUAUUCACUUUGUAUGUGAUCGGAGUAAAAAUUCUCCGCUUAUGCGAAUUCGUUACUGGGAUCUUUUGGUUUAUUCUUAGAAACGCAAUUUUUAACAAGAAACGCUUUUCUAUUCAAGCCGAAAAUUUUUCUAUGUAAACAAACCCGCGGUAACUGUCAAAUCUCUUUCUUCUUCUUGUUUUGUGAUGUCAUCGUGCAAUGAUCUAUAGACCAUUUUAUGAAUUGACAGGUGUCACGGAGCCUGCUGAUAUUGAUGUUGCUUUUACGUGCUUUAUGUCAGCGGUUUCGAGCUUUCUGUCAAAAUUUCAUUUAUGAAUUGAGUUAAGAAACGUCUCGUAAAAUGGUCUAUUGUUUUCCUCCAAGUGUUGUUUACCUUUUUCAAGACAGUGGCCGCUGACAUCUUUUUCGCAAAUUCUGGUACCCUUGGAUAAUGUAACCACUGAAACUCUGCACAUUUUUCUUUUUACACUAAUAAACAUAGCGGCACAGAACAGAUAUGCAACUUCGAACAAAACUCUGCAACAAAUUGGUGCCCUAGCUUUCGCAUUCAUUUUUUGCUGUUCCAUCCAACAUUGAUUUUACAGUGCAUCGUUCGAACAGUUCGCUCCAAUAGUUUGAACAUGCACCAAAAAACUAUUUUUUUGCUUUAAUAACCAGGCAAAAAGGUGAUCUUGAAUAGUUGAAUCUAUCAAAAUCAAGUUCACAGGACCGACCGCACUUCACACAGGACCGCAUUCAAGAGAUCUUUGAAGUGGCAAUUCAGUGACAAUUCACAAUCAACGUCAAUAGAACAAAUUAAACUAAAAAUCUUUCAACCAUUCAAACAUUGUCUAACAAAUUUUCUUGGAUCGUACACCUCACGACUGUUGAAACUAUUUUAACCUGUUAGUUGAUUUACUUGAAUAUUUUCGUUGGACUCGGAAACCGAAUUUCUCGAUCAACGACAAUAUUUUUUUCUCGUACCGUUUUUUAUACCUAACAUUGCUAGAAAGGCCUAUCAGACGCGCUGUACUAGCACUGCUUACGACAUCAGGUACACUGUAAAAAAAUAAUUGUCGUUAGUCAAGAUAUUCAGUUUUCAACUUGGGCAACAAUGAAAUUCAUUGAAAAUGUAUCUACAUAAAAACCGUUGCACGUAUGCGGGUGGCACUGUACGUUUAUCAUGAAAAGGCACCCUCGCUAUACCAGCACCGGGGAGAACAAAGGAUUCUCUCGACGAAAAAGCGGCGAGAGCUCAUACGGUUCUUUUGUUGAAUGAAUGGAAUAUAAGCGUGAUGAAAUUUCGAGUGUAAAAUGCAUUCUCUCCACCGCUAGAUGUCGAUACUUAAAAUAAAGAGAUUCUGUCUCGUUUUUGGUUCUUCAAUUGAACAGAUGUGAUAGCGGUCAUGACGAGUUCCCGUGAGUAUUCGAUCGAAACCGACUUAAACUUACCUUUGAAAAGCAGCGCGUCUAGAAAUCUUGAUUUUUGCUGUUCUCCAAUUGCAACUCGAGUGCGUGUGUCAAGCGCCAGUGUUGUCAGCACUGGUAGUAGAACACGCGCGAGUAUCCGGGACAGAUAUUUUUUAUAGAUGAUGUGAAGUACGGGUCGAUACGCGUCUCAGCAAUAUUUUACGGUAACUUUUGAAAAGUAGUUUAGGUGCUAUUCGCCUCUUUUUUACAUAAUUAGCACGUGCGGAUCAUACAAGUUUCUACGACAAAUGAAAAAUUUUGUACAACUCUUUCCGUAAGACAUUAGGCCUACAAAUAACUAUACUGCUCUUCCUUUGACCUUUGACUUCCAUGGUUUUCAGCAACCAGCGUAGAACUACUUGGAAAAUUAUUAUUUGUGUUAUUUGAACUUUUUUUUAUGAAAUAUCACAUCAGUUGAGGUGGAUCAAUAUGCGUCAUUAAAAGCUAAACAAAACGCUUGCAGUGUAACUACUUACAUACCUGUAUGGCCGCACGUCCUUAGACAUGGUCUGCAUAAUGUACUUCCACCAAUUUACGCGAUCCAUGGCCACCUGUCUCCAACUCCGUGGGCAUCCAGUGCUCUGCAGAUUGUGCUCCAUCUGCUCCACCCAUCUCGCUCCUCGUCUUCUUGUUGCUACCGGAAUUGGAGCGCACACCAAUUUUGCAGGGUAGCUAUCCGGCGUUCUAGCUACAUGUCCUGCGCAGCGUAUGCUUCCAGUUUUAGCCUCUUUCUGAAUACUCGGUUCGUCGAAGAGGCUUAUGCCCGUAGAGAACGAGCGGUCUUAUUAGCGUUUUGUACAGAACACACUUGGUGUGAAGACUCAGGUUUCGCGACCGUAGCUUUUUAUAGAGUCAAUAGUAGGCACAAAUUCUUCCGAUAAUACGCCUCCUAAUCUUCCGACUGAUCUUGUUGUUCUUAAUUACCAGAGAGCCGAGGUACCCAGUCUCGUCGACUACCUAGAACUGUUACCUGUCGUGUUCGGACCCGCUCACAAGCAUAUACUUUGUUUUAGACGUAUUAAUCUUUUUUUCCGAUCCUAUUCAGUCACGUUUCAGUCGGGUGUACUGGUCUGCGACCGUCUCAAAUUUUCUGCCGAAAAUACUCACGUCUCUCGCAAAGCAGAUAAAUUGAUCAGAUCUACUGAUAACACAGUGCAACAAAAAUUGACUUUUUGACGUAGGACUACGUCUAACCGCACUAUAUCGAGAUACAUUCCGCGAAAACUAAAACCAAGAUGUAACGUCGGAAUGAAAGAUUACAAACGGUUAUACUAAUGUAACCACAUGAUGGAUAACAAUAAUUAAUAUGUCGUUGGAUUGAUAAAAUGAUGGACAAUUUUGUGAUUCUUCAAUUAUCAUUAUCACUUCAAUGUUAAUCAGUAAAAAUUGAAUAAAAGUUUCAAGGUCGGAUUUUCACCAAUAAUGUACCAAUCAUAUGCGAGCACGCCUGGCACAGACUUCAUGAAUAGACACCAACUGCCUGCUGUGAUAUCCUGUAUAGCAGUGGCAAAACAAAAAUUUGACAGAAUCUUCCCGUCCCAAUAGGUCAACUAAUGUUAGCUUCCAUGAACCUAUGACUAUUUUGAUGUCUUGAAAGUGAAGCUUUUUCGGAAAGUUCGUAACCACCUCCACUAUCAGACAGUAUUACAUUCUGCUGUUAACAAAUAUGUUAAUGUUAAUAAAACUGAUGUCUUGAAGGAUAAUAUGAUGGUACAGGCAACAGUACUGCACCGAGCAAUGUAUGAACAGAGCGCUGGUUACUCGUCGUCUAUCAGUGCAGAAAAACUCGAUAUUCAUUUUUGUGUAGUCAAGCCAAGUGAAAACUACAUUGCCGCUGUUGACGCACAGUGGGGCGUGGAACACAAUCGAUUUGCCGUUUGAAUUGUCUUCUUCUUCUUGUUUCGUAUAGCAGAAUUCAAUAUGAUUUUUCGUGGGCCAUCUUUUAAAAAACAGAUCUUAAAUCGGACAAAAACUGAAUUCAAAACGGUGAUUCUACGAAACCACAAAGCAAAACAAUAUCGAGUAUGUCUGAGUAUUAAUAUGCACUAAUAUGUGGACAAGCUCUUAGAAUUUCGAUAUUUGGUCUUAAAACAAAAUGGCGUCGAAAAAACAUCGAAAAUUUCCGAUUUCUAAAAAAUUCAAUAUGGCGCCAUUGUUGCCCCUUAAGUUGAAAUAUGUUCAAACUCGGAGGAAUUUAUUUUCGCAUCAAACUUCAUUAAAAAAUCGUACAUAGAAGCCAAGGCAAGAAAAUUGUGGCACUGUGUAAUCGUGCCCCGCUUGUUAAGCCCCGCUGGUCACAUAAAACCCUUCAGCGCGACAUUUAACAUUGGACUGGAAAGACCACCCUUGUCAAGGCCUACUGUGGGACUCAAAGAAGCACUUCACAUUCUCCAUCGUAGUCUUAAUCAGUCUUGUCGGCUUCCCCAGAAAGCCGUUCUCGUCAAGGAUUUUCCAAAGCCCUUUUCAGUUUAUUGUGUCGUAUGCAGCUUUAAAAUCGACGAAAGAAAAAAUUGUGGGGACUCUAAGUUUGCGACACGUGACGUGCCGCAGUGUAAAAAUUUGGUCAGUCGUAGGCGGCAUUCAGGACUGUGAUCGCUUGAUAGUUCUCGCAGGCUAGUUUGUCGGCAGAUAAGCCCUUCUUUCCCUUCCUCCGGUAGCUGUUCUGUCUUUCAGAUCUCGAUGAUCAGCCGAUGCAACGAGCUGGCCAAUUUGUCGGAGCUUGUUUUAAUAAGUUCCGCUCCGAUGCCGUCCUUUCCGGCAGAUUUCUUGUUUUCAAGCUGCCGGAUUGCAUCCUUAACUUCACUGGUUGUUGGGGGUGACACAUCUUCGUCGUUCAUUGCACCGGUCAUGUCUCCACUGCUCCUGUUGUAGUCUCCUGCUUGCAUCGUAAAGAGAUAAGUGGCUUUUCACCUACGCACACUGGUGAACGUGUUAACCCGUGUAGAGUUGCUUUUGUUUCCUCCAAACUGUAAAUCAUCGCAUCUCGUUGCUUCGACUUUUUAUCACCAGCUUCUUCCGAUUCAUGAUCACGAAUGAAAAAUUUAUUCAGAAGCGAGUUUAGAACUUAUAAUAAGUGUUCAACUAAUUAUUUGUCCAGUUGCUAGAAACAUAGCAUUGCAAACAAAACAGUGAUUAGUAAAUAUUUUCCACAAUGAGUUGCACUAACACAUUCGUACGUAAAUACCCAAGUAACUAGUAAGCACUAAAUCAUGGCCCUACAACAAUACUAUAUUCGAUUACAGAGUUCUAGGUAAAAACUUAUUCUGACCUAAAUGCUUGUAUAUAUCUGAUAUAAUGUUAAAAAGGUGACAUAGCAAGCUGAUAAAGUGCUGCAGGUGGCAACCAUUGAUAUGCAUCACCAAUGCUGAUUUGGAGCAACCAUGAGUUCUCUCUUCUCUGACAUGUGAGGUAAGAAAACAAACGAAAAAAAAUUUAGAACCUUAAUUAUUUGGUGUCUGGAACGAAUGCAAAAAAUGUUCAGAAGUAAUACAAAUGGUCUAAAAACUAGAACCAGACUUUUUUUCAUCUUCUGAUAUUGACGGUUCGGAAACCACGAGCCCAGGAGAUGUAGAUCCUGGAUCCAACUCACUAGUUUGCAAUUGUUUUGUAUUGGGCAUUUCGAAAAGGUCCAUACUUUCAUAUACCCGAACUUUGCGUCGAAAAUUCCCGCUCCUUAAAGUUUUUUUUUUUUUUCAUUUACGUGGAGUAUCCAUUUUCCGUCUAUUUUUAAUUGACAACUCGAUAUCGCUCGUUAUUGGCACUUACGAAAAAAUGUAAUGCGUCUUCUAUAUGCAUUUGAAACAAUACAUUGUAGCACUUUAAGUAGCUCUUUAAGCGCAUAUUUUGCUCUCAGUAAUGCUAGUUUAGCAUAAUGCCCUAAGCAAUAAAAAACAUGAUAUAAAGCUAUUUGGUAUUAACAAGGCUGAAUUAGUGCUAUCUUCUAAUGCUCGUGUGACUGUCAAACUCCAUACAUCUUUCAUCUACCACUCAUUGAUUCUGGUACCCACUUUUUGGUUGGUUUGCCCUAAAACAUGUGAAAUAGAGUAAACGUCACAUUUUGUCGGUAGACCAUUUCCUCGAGUAAAUGUCGUUUAGGUGGAAUAAAUAAUUACUCAACAUUUGUUUUUUAGUACAAUGUGCACUUUCAAUGAAUAAGAUAAGUUUUGUAAGCAUUUAAAUUAAAAUAUUGACGCCGUGAUGAAUUUAUAAUUGGUAGGCAAAAUGUUGACGUUUAUAGGCCCCUGACUGCUGCUUCCAUCUUUCGAUCACCUCACGAUCAUGAAUCAGAAUUCCUCCAUUCUCAUCCCUACACAAUUCAGCUCGUGGUACAAAGCCUCUGCGUGCUGCGUUGAAUUUUUUGGUAGAAUUUUCGUGUGUUCGGUGCAGCUGCUCGAGUUCUUCGCAUUCCUCCUUUUUUUUUUUCUUUGAAAAGUUGGACCGUUUUCUUCGUUUCAGUUUAUAUCGCUCCAUUUUAUGACGGGUGGCUCUACGCAGCAUUGUUGCUCGCGCUGCGUUCUUCUCACCCAAUAUCUGCCGGCAUUAUUCGUUAAACCAUUCGUUACGUCGAUUCGGUUGCACGUGUCCCAGGACUUCUUCCCCAGCACUGCUGAUAGCUGUUUUAACGGCGUUCCAGUGAUUAUCUAGAGACACUCUCCAAAAAAUUGUAAAAUUCGUCUCUGUCAUCAUCGGUCCUUCCGAGAUGGGGGCUAUGCAUUAUUGUUAAAGGAACGGCCUUUAAUCUGCAAUCUGCACAUUCCAUGACUGAUCGGCCUUCUUCUGCUUCUCGCCCAUCACUAUAAAAGCUGUUCCCAGCUCAUGUGUACUUCCACAAAUCUGGUAUGAUCAUCCCUGUACGUACGCAUCAUCGUUCCUUUCCAGCAUACCUCCUGCAGUGCUACGAUGUUGAACCUGUGGGUCUUCAGUUCGUCGGAAAGCACGCGGGUACUCCUCAGGAAGUUGAGAGAUCUGCAGUUCCAUGUUCGAAAGUACCUGAACAUUAGUGCGUUUCCAUUGGCUAGGUCCUAGCCGAUUGCUCCGUUCCGUAAUAAGUGUUGUUGUGUUCUUCGCUGUUGUUUUUCAACUGUGUGGGCCUGCAAGGCCAGCGACCAACCCCACUAUGUCGUAGGAGGACCAUCGUAGUGCCAUAGUUCGAAGUCCCGGGCACUACCAGGACUUGAGAUGAACACAGGCGUUAGAAUGCUUCCGGUAUCCGAGAGAAGAUAGGGGGGUUCGGUAGCUGGAAGGCUGAGGUUCACUAGUGUGAACUGUUUUGCAACUUAUCUCACUCCAAUGUUUGCUAUCGUAUCCCGAUCAGAAAGACAAAACAAAAAAGGAACAGAGGCUGUUAGUUUGUUAUGAGAAAAACCUUUCAGGUUGUGUUAUAAUUUUGAUCCCGUUAAGUGUUAAAAUAACAGAAAUCAUAACAAAAAAUAUUCUACUAAUAUCAAACACAUAUCAAACUUUGUUACUAACGUAUCAGCUUUCUAACAAAAUGAGAUAGCACAUAGAACAGUAUAAUAACAACCAUUGUUAUAAACAACAGGUUUGGAUAGAAACGAAAAAGUUGUUAGAUUUGUUUCAGAACAACUUCAUUUCAUGAUUUGUUAUUAUAACUCAUUCAGAUUCAACUUUGUUAUCCAUAGCAAAUGGGAAAAUACUAAACCAUAUCAAAACAUAUUAUUUGUAUCUCCCGUUGAUAGAAUUUUGUAAUUUUUUUGUUAUGCUCUUCUGAUCGGGAUGUCUUAUAACAUUUUCUAGUUUUGUUAGCUCUUAUGUCCAGAUAACGUUGAGAUUAGACGAAAACAAUUUUAAAUAAAACAGUUUAUUUUGAACGGUUAUUAUUUUCAUCUACUUAUUAUUAAUCAGAAUUACCACUGAUAACAACAAUUUUCGAUCUACUUACUCUGCCCAUAGGCACACAUUUGCGCAUGCGCUGGUUAACAAUUGUCAUAGCAACACAUUUGCGCAUGCGAUUUGUUGUGGUAAAUUUCGAUCCUUUAUUCUGAAGCGUUUUGCACCAUUCCAAUUUCUAUGAUCUCGACCUAUUUGAUUGAUUUUUAUGCUUCGGAACGAGCAAGUAGGCUGUGUUUUCUGCCAGGUUCCUAGGCAUCUAAUCAUCCGAAAUGUUUCGUCGACCCUGUCAAGCCAUCGUGCCUGCUGUUUACUACUAUACUAAUGCCGGUAGUGUUGCUGAAUAGAAGAGAUUUCACAAGGGUGUCGUCCGACAUCCCCAUGAAGUGAUCGGCCCACCGCAGCCUAUUAACUUUCAGUAGCUAGUCCGCAGCACCUUUCGUUCGAAAACUCCAGGCGCGUUCAAGUCCUCAGCUAAAAGCGGUAGAGGACUACCCGUCUAAUCAGGGUUUUGUACAGCAUCAACUUCGUGCGUCGUCGCUCUCGAUUCGAUCAGAUUGUCUUCGGAAGUGCAAAGUAGGUGUUUCUGGAUCUCUUUGUUGAGUUUAUUAAUGGUAUUGAUCAAUUGUGGUCUCCGUGGUUCUGCGGUUAGCGAUGUCGGUCGGCUAGCUUUCCCACACGGUUGUGAUGUCGGGUUCGAUUCCCGAUCAGGUCGAGGAUCUUUUCUAGCUGGAAAUUUUCUCGACUCAGCACUGGGGCACGGUGUAUAGUUGCACUUAUCCUGCAACAUGCAAAAUGUGCUUAAAACAAUAUCGAUAACGAAUUCUCUCAACUAAUCUAUUUGACCGAGACCGCAUUAGCCCCCCAGGCUAGCGUGCGAUAUUGUUGUUUUGUUGUUGAUCAAUUGUAUCAUUUUAUCCGGGAAUUGCAGCGCAUGAUCAACCAUAGUUGUUCUUGAUCACUGUAUGAUAGGCCGCCGUGAAAUCGAUGAAGGUAUAACGUAAAAAGAUCUGGUCCGUAGUGGCUUGACCCACGAACCUUUUGGCUUAAAGUGAUAGACGGCGGGACAGGAUCUGCGAGAGUAUUUUGUAGGUGGCAUUGAUUAGCGAAAUGCCGCAGUAGUUGUUGCACUUCUUGUAGAUGGAGUAGACGAUGCUUUCCAUCCACUCGUCUGGCAGCUUUUCCUUCUAACAAAUCCUGGAAAAAAAAUCAGUGCAGCGUACUUGCCAGCACCUCUAAACCAUACUUCACUGCCCAUAAUCGCAAAAUUGUAACAUUUGCAAAAUUGGUUGUUCGAGAAAAUGACACUUUUAUAUUUUGACUUUAAAUGAACCGUUCCCAAUAUAUUCUUGCAAAAAGACACUUCAACUAAACUUAGUAUCACGAAUAGAGCACUACUUUACACUAUGUAUACAUUGAACAUCACUUUUGAAGUCAAAUUGUCUGAAAUUUUUGCAAUGACACUUUUAUGCCGUCACUUUCAAGGUACUUUUGGAAUAUAUCACAAGGGAAAUGAAGCUUUUCUUGUAUUCAACAAGCAUGAGCUGAACAUCAGAAACAGAUCACCGGUGGUUGGUUACCGGACCAGAAUAACCUCCGAGUUCCAAAGGAUGCAGAUGUGGAUUUGGAUGGAAGAUUUUUUUGAAAAAAAAAGAUUGAAAGUUAAGUAGUGUGACAAUUCUACGGUUGUUCAAGCUAUGUGACAAAACAACUUGGUAUGUUUCACGACUUUUUUCAAACAAACAUAAGUAUAUUUUUUCAGAUGUAAAAAGUACAUACUAUUUUUAACAUUUCCCAACAAAAAGCACGAAAUCCAUAAAAUAUCGAAUGUUACAAUUAUGCGAUUACAGGAAGUUCAGGAGUCCACUUGGCAGUUCGUCUUCGCCAGGUGACUUUGUUGUUGUUCAGCUUCCCGUACCAAGAAAGAAUUUCAUGAACAUCGGGGUCUGGAACUCGGACAUCUGCUGCUGGUGCUCCUAGAUCAGUUCCUGUUCAGCUUCUGACCGCUGUAUAAUUAUUUAGGUGUCGAAGUACUCCUUCUAGCUGUCGAUCACCUCGUUGGCAUCCGCGAGAAGGAAUUGGGUCCAAAAUUUUAACAUUACAUUGAGUAGAGCAUCUCUCGAGCUUCCAUUAGAUGUGUUCAAAUACUGAAAUUACACAAAUGGGAAUCCUUGAAGAUUCAACAACUCUUGCUUUAAAUCCAUCGGAACCAACUAAAAUCCACACCAAAAUCGAUAAGAAUUUGUUGCAAUUUACGUACCAAUAGAGUACACUACUUUUUGAAUUACCCCAUUUUCAGCUGGAAUGUAGCUGAGACUAUCUUGGAUGGACCACGUCCUUGAGAAAACCAACGGUCAGAUUAAUUUAUUUUUUUGCUAAAACUCGAGGGACUUUCAGAAAAUUUCCAUUUUCUUAUCCAGCUAAUCUGCAUCAGAAUCAUGAGAAAUAUUUGUACCUUUUGGUUUAUAUCGAGAAAUAAACAGUUUCUCGUCAGGGUGGUCCACUUAAGGUAGCGGUCCAACCAAGGCAGUUCUGCUUUGAAUCAAGUAAAUUCAUCUUAAUAAGUCACAGAAACUAAUAAAAACAGCACAAAAAUCUCUCAUUAAUCAAUAGCAAAUAGCAUUUAUAUAUUUCGUUUUUAUUCAGGGUAAAACUGCCUUGGGUGGACCACUUUCUUUGGUGGACCACCGGUUUAACUCAAUUUCUCUUAACAUAAAUUGGUGUUUAAAAAUGUUUCCCGUGAUUCUGACGCAGAUUGGUUGGAUAGGAUGUUCUCUAAAGGAAGCUUUUUGAAAAUCAAUCGAGUUUUCGUAUGAACUGAGUAAAACUGGCGGGUGGUCCACUAUAGCAAAAGGGUCUACUCUAGGUUAACUUAACAACGACACUACUUCAGCCAUAACUGGUUGCCUGCCGCACGUAUCCUAGGGUAAAACUACCUUGGAUGGACCACGUCCUUUAGUGGACCACCGGUCAGAUUAAUUCAAUUAAUUCAGAAACUCGUAAGACUUCCAGGAAACUUCAUUUGAGAAACAUCUUAUCCAGCUAGGGUAAAUUAACCUACGGUAGACCCUUUUCAUAUAGUGGACCACUCGACAGAUUAAUUCAAUUUCUCUCAACAUAAAUCAAAAUUUAUAAAUGAUUGAGAUGCAGAUUGGCUGAAUAAGAUGUUUCCCGAUGAAAGAUUUCUGAAAUUUCCUUGAAUUUUCGCAUAAGUGGAGUUAGUUUGGCGAGUGGUCCACUAUAAGAAAGAGGUCCACUACAGGUUAAUUUACCCUAAUUCGAACCAGAACCACGAGAAACAUCUAGGAUCAAUUAACCUAUAGUGAACCACUUUUCUGUAGUGGACCACUCGUCAGGUUAACUCAAUUUCUCUUAACAUCAAAUCGAAACUUAUUAAUAUUUCUAGUGAUUGUAAUGCAAAUUGGUUGAGAAGGAGGAUUCAUGUUGAAAGUUUUCCAAAAAUCCCUCAACUUUUCGUCAAAAAUUUAGGUAAUCUGAUCUCCAUUACAGGAAAUGGGUCCACUAUAUCGAGAGAGUGAACAGUUUUUGUCGGAGUGCUCCACUGAAGAAAGUGGUCUACCCAAGGUAGUUCUACCCUAAUAACACAGUAAUCUGAUGGUGUUGUUUUUGCUAUGAGAGACGGAAAACGCUAACAAUUGGUUUUCUAAGACUUUUUAACAGUUCCUGCUGAAUCUCGUUAUAUUUUUUUUGCCGUACGCAGAAUUACGUAGGGUAGAAUUGCCCUGGAUGGACUACUGCCAUUAGUGGACCACUCGUCAAAUUUACUCAAAUUUGUAUUGAUUUAGAAUAAAACUUCCUUGGAUGGACCACGUGCUUUAGUGGACCACUCGCCAGAUAUACUCAGUUUUUGCGAAAACUCGAGGGAAUCACGAGUAAUAUUUUGAAAUUCCGCUUCAUGUUAAGAGAAAUUGAGUUAACUGGAUAAGAUGUUUCUAAUGGAAGUUUUCUAAAGAUCUCUCGAGUUUUCGCCUGAAUCCAGGUAAUUUGACGGAUGGUCCACAAAGGCCUUACAAAUGAGCAAACAUCAAAAUUCGUUGAUCUGAUUCGAUCUCGAACAUCAAUUUAGUUUUAUGUAUAGGAAUUUUAUAAAAUUACUAGAUCAGCACUCUGAAAGUACUGACUACUCCGAACAUUGCAAAAUGUGCUCAUCCCGCUUUUUAAGGAGCAAAAAUUCAUAAUAAUAACUUCAGCGAAGGUUGUAUUUCGAUCUUAAAAUAUGUCUAUCAAUUUAUAGUUCAUUUUGUCUUGUAGAAUAACUCUGUAAAUUCUCAGCCGAAUCAAUAAGGUUCGUUUUUAAAAACAUUAAAAAUUACCCAAAUUAUGUAAUUCUACCUCCACUCCCUCAACCGUAACCAUCAGCCUCCACCGGAGCCACCAGCCCCCCACAAGUAGUAAACAACGUUACGCAAUAAUUUACAGAAAGAAAUUCCUGUUCAGUACUUCGGUAAGUUUGUAACCACUAUCAGUGUGCUUAGCCUCUUGAACCCAAGCUUCACCAAGGCUGAGAUCAUCUAUUACCACACACAAACACUCAUACGCAAGUAAGCACAAAUCUAUGAAAAAUGUAAGAAUAAAACGAAACAUUCCACAUCAAACUGACAACUCAAACAUUGUACUAUAGGAAAGAUAGUUCUAAGCCUUAGUUUAUGCGUUUCAAGCUUUUAAUACACUAAAAAAAAGAAAACUAGUAAACUCGUGUUAAGCACUCGUUUCCUGCCUGCCGCGCAAACCGACCCCGAAAGCGGAGCGGAAAAUACUCGUUUUGCCAUAUGAUCUUUGUUUCUAGAAAUGCUAGGUUUAGUGUGUGGAAACGUCAAAAUUUUAGUGACAUUUUUUUUAGACACGAAAGAAGCAAAAUAAAAAAAAAACAAGUUCAACCAAAGCCAAAUAAGCGAUAUUCGUACUAAAAAAAAUAUGUGAGUGUGCUACGAAACAGAAGAAGAAAAAAAUAAACUGAAAGAUGAAAACAGACAGUUUGACGUUUGUAAAGAUUUGAUUUGUUUCCGAUGCGGACAAGAACGUUACAAGUAUUUGUUGAAGUUUAUCAUUGGUUAGUUGAUUAGAUUCGAAGUUUUUUUUAGUACUUGUUAACUCACUUUUACUUAGUUUAAUGCAACCGAUUGUUAAUCAAGUAGUCCCUAGUUGAAUGGUUGAAAUAGACAAAAAAAAAGGGCGGAACGUUAUGCGAAGGCUAUUCUGAGAACCCGUUUUCCAACGCAAAUGUGAUCUGAAUGAAAGUAUUGUUUGUUUGUUUAAACCAGUCUCAAAUAGUGAUGUAAAACGAAAUACGCGGUGAUAUCAGAGAAGCAUCUUUGAACGUAGAAAGAAGCAGAAAAAAAUACAAUAGUUUUGGAUCCUAGAGAUGUUUCAGAUCAUUUACAGAUACAAUUCACAGAAAGUGUUCCUUAUAGAAAAGUACGUUUUCAUAAAAGAGCACCGUUUACAAGCAAGAAGAUAAGUUACCAUUAAAGUAUACUAACUUAAACAAGAAUAAAUUACCAUUUUACAGCAUGAGUAAGAUCGUUCGCCUAAGUUAAUAAGAGAAAAAAAAGUAUUACAACGAAAAAACCUUUUGAACGCCCUCGUUUCUCACGAAAGUCUAACAAAUAUAUUUUAGUCCUAAACAUUAACAGCAACAUUUGAGCGAAUCUACUUUCAUUCUCUUUCUCUUUCUUUUUUUUGUACGCGUAUUUUAAAGUAAAUAAAUAAAAUCGUCCAGCACAAAACUCCGUAGUCUAAUGUAAAGCGGUCAAUCACGUCACGCGCCCGACCAACGCCGAUCGUUGGUUCGGCACGCGAAAAACAACAAAUG